UUAAAACUGUGCAUCUCUAACCGAUAACCGAUAGACCAAUUGGCAGCUGUUUCUGAGCAACGUAGUCAAAAGUAAAUAUUAUUGAAAAUUCGAUUUGAACCGUACAGAGAGCGCAUACCGAGCCGAAUUAUAUUUCAGAUAGAUUGAAAAUUUGUAAUCAGCCAACUUAAAGGAAAUCCGACUCGCUCAUCACAACUAGUUCCGACCAGAUUGAUAUCUCUGCCACCACCUGCAACGCAUUUGUUGCUAACAAUUUCCUUGUUCUCGCUUUUGGCUUCUAUAUAAAUACGCGCGGAUCAAAGCAGGUUUUGCAUUCACUGCAAAACAGUGCUCAGGCGUGCAGUUAACUCCCCCAAGCUCAGUCGUCGUCCAGGUGCUUUUCCAGCAAAAACAAAUCAAAAGAUUUAAUUUAACAACAUGUCUCAACAACCUGUUGCCUUCCUCACCCGACGCGAAACUUUCAGCGCCUGCCAUCGCCUCCAUAGCCCCCAGCUAAGUGAUGCCGAGAACCUGGAAGUCUUCGGGAAAUGCAAUAACUUUCACGGCCAUGGGCACAAUUAUACAGUUGAGAUCACUGUUCGAGGACCCAUUGAUCAGCGCACUGGAAUGGUGCUGAACAUCACCGAACUCAAGGAUGCUAUUGAAACGGUGAUCAUGAAGCGCUUGGAUCACAAAAAUCUCGACAAGGAUGUGGAGUACUUUUCAAAGACUCCAAGUACCACCGAAAAUCUUGCAGUUUACAUCUGGGACAAUAUCCGGUUGCAGCUCAAGAAACCCGAGCUGCUAUACGAAGUGAAGAUCCAAGAGACACCAAAGAAUAUUAUAAGCUAUCGUGGUCCAUAUCCUUUGAACGGGAUCUACAAUCCCAUCAACAAGCGCAUUCCCCACGACUCGUGUACCAACAUAUCCUCAGACUCGGAUUAAAAUCCGACUCCUUUUGAAUGCAAUCCCAAUGAAUUGACGAAUUUUAUUGAAACAAUACCCCCACUCACACUCACACGAUUAGAAAAGACAUUUAGUUACCUGGUAAGGGAAUGAAAAGAUAUACGAAUUACAAAGUAUAUAGAAUUAAGAGCUGCUGUAUGUUUCUCGAACAUAAUACUGAAUAAACACAUUAAAAUGAA